AUGACACUCGGUGCCAUUUAUAUCGGCGCUACCAUAGGAGCCGUCUUCUAUGGUAUAACCAUUCUACAGACUGCCAUCUACUACAAGCAAUACCCUGAUGAUUCGCCGCUCUUCCGAUGUGCCGUCGGUUUUUUGUGGAUUCUCGACACGCUUCAUGUUGCAAUAAGCACUCAUGCCUUGUACCAUUACCUGGUCGAAUCGUUUGGGAAUAUUCCUGCUCUAUCGAAGAUCAUCUGGAGCUUUCGGCUGCAACUCCUAAUCAAUAUGUUAAUCGUUGUUUGCGUCCAAGUCUUAUACGCCGUCAGAAUAUGGAAAUUUGGUCGUAAUUUCCAUGCGGUACUGCCGUGGUUCAUUUUUCUUUUUAUCACCGCUUCCCUUGCCGUUGGAAUAUACGUCACUUAUGAUAUGUACACCGUGUCGAGCAUUUUGGACUUGCCGACCCUUAGCAUAUCCAUUUAUGCGGCGUUCUCCACAGCGGCAGGAGCAGACUUCGCCAUCGCCGCUGCAAUGUGCUACUACUUGCACCAAGGCAGAUUAAUGGCUCCGAGCUUCUCCAUUACGAUGAAGAUCAUUGUAGGAUUAAUGCGACUUGUUGUGCUAUCUGGUCUGGCGACAAGCGCAUGCUCAAUAUUAACACUCAUCACGUACAUCGUAUGGCCACAUAGUCUCAUUUUCGUUGCAAUAAGUCUCAUUCUACCGAAACUCUAUAUAAAUUCGUUGCUCAUGAUGCUCAAUGCACGCAAAGAACAAAUGAGGAAGGAUAUCAAUGAAUGCUCCGCUAACGAUAAGGUAAUCGUCUUUGCUCAUACCUCCAGCAGCGGGGCCAGUGGUUUGGCAGAGACGAGUAUCGAUACAACUCUUUCCGUAAUGGAACGUGGUCAUCAAACAAACGGCGGCACAGAAUGACAUUGACUCAAGAAUUACAUGACAACCCUGUUAUACCCAACUAGUUUGCUCAUAUAUUAUGGGCGACGUCAAUCUGGGAGUGGCUUUGUUAUGCGGUGUAGUUGAUGGCAUUAUAAUACUUACCGUGCUAUUUAACAAGCUGGUCUUGCAUUUUAAUAUUAUUAUAUCACCGAGACAAAGGAUCAGGGAUUUCGUCCCUCAGCUAUGCAACGCAGAUUUGAUCGCAUCCGCAUCAACGUUUGAGUCAGAUCACGCGAGCUAUAUCAUUGUCGAAUGGUUGUAACCUCGAAGCGAAGCCGUUGGUGGUGGCUUAACCUAUUUUGGGCAGCGCUUUUUUUCUGAGGAUGAUGAUCAUCCCGCAAUACGGGAG